AUGCAGCGAUACUCGAGGCCGCCGAGUACGCCGAGUAUCAUCGGCGGCCUCGAGUAUCGCUGCAUGGGAUACCUUCCCAUCAUGAUCGGCACCGCUAUGACCCACGAGUAUCGCGAGACAAGACUGCUGCCCUUCGCCUCUGUGGGCAUCGCGGCGGUGCCCGACAAGUACGGCGACGGGCUGAUGGAGGCGAUCCUGCGGGGGGCGGCGAGCAAGGCCACCUGACAAGAGUGAAGACAGACCAACACACGGGGACUGGGGGGAUGGAUGGAUGGCCUGUGCUGUGUAAGGGGCUGCACGUUCAAUUGACCGACCCGACUGUGUUGUGCUUGGGCUGGCUGCUGGAUGGAUGCCGCAUGGAAUGUCAGACAAGGAUGGUCUGAGCGAGGCUUUUUCUUCGUCAGCAAGCGAGGCUCUCACUACCACGCAUAAGCGCACCGAACACAAAGAGCACACCUUGCUGUAUCUUUUCUACCUUGGCCCUUCUUGCCUCGCCUGCAUGUCAAGCUGCAUGUCGUAUGCUAUAUCAACUACCUCUGUGUGUCUGCAGUAGGAUCGGUUUGUCCCGUCUGGCCGUCUGCUGUGCUGUUGUCCUGCGAUAUCGAGCAUCGCAUUUAAUGGCGUUUGUCUCUGCCUUCUCUCCUCAAGCAUGGGUACACGAGGAGGGCAGAAUUAAUCAACUAGGUGGGCUGCCUUUUCGGCCGCCCCGUCGUUCAUGUCUGGCUGUGCGUACCGCUGGCUGCGUGGCUGGCUGGCUGGCUGGAAGUCAUGUCAUCAUACGUAAGAGACAGGAUACCCACGCGCUCAUGGAUGCAAUGUGAAUCUGUGCAUGUCGGCCAGAAUUGCGAAUGUCGUGACAGUGAGUGAGUGCUUGAGCAGGUCGUCGACUUCUUGUGAGGGGUAUGUAGAGCGGUAGAGAGAGGGACCCUGUGUGAGGUAGAGAGAGGGGACGGGACCUUCGCGAAGGCGACUGUGUGUGUAGCUGGGAGAGAGAGAGGGAAUGGUUCGACUCAUCUUCUGUGUCGAUUAGCUAGCUGGCCAGACCGUUUGACGACUUUCUUUUUCGUCUGUGUGUGACUGAUUGGUCCACAUAUUCUGAAGUGGAG